UUAUUGGUUAUAUCUUCAUCAACUUCGCUAUAAAUUUUGCACAAACCCAAACCCUUCUUCGCAAUUCAUUUUCAAUCAAACUAGAUUUCUCUCUUCCUCUCAGGAUUUCUCGUUCUCUCGCAAUACCUCCCUCUCAAGAUGCAAAUCUUCGUUAAGACCCUCACCGGGAAGACCAUCACUCUCGAAGUCGAGAGCUCAGACACCAUCGACAACGUUAAGGCAAAGAUUCAAGACAAGGAAGGCAUCCCCCCGGACCAGCAGCGUCUCAUCUUCGCCGGCAAGCAGCUCGAGGACGGCCGCACACUCGCUGACUACAACAUCCAGAAGGAAUCAACCCUUCACCUUGUCCUCCGUCUCCGUGGUGGCAUGCAGAUCUUUGUUAAGACCCUCACCGGAAAGACCAUCACUCUUGAGGUCGAGAGCUCCGAUACAAUCGACAACGUCAAGGCCAAGAUCCAAGACAAGGAAGGCAUCCCUCCGGAUCAGCAGAGGCUCAUCUUUGCCGGCAAGCAGCUCGAGGAUGGCCGCACCCUCGCCGAUUAUAAUAUCCAAAAGGAGUCCACACUCCACUUGGUCUUGCGGCUUCGUGGUGGCAUGCAGAUCUUUGUAAAGACCCUUACCGGGAAAACCAUCACCCUUGAGGUAGAGAGCUCCGACACCAUUGACAACGUCAAGGCCAAGAUCCAGGAUAAGGAAGGCAUCCCUCCGGACCAGCAAAGGCUUAUCUUCGCCGGCAAGCAGCUCGAGGAUGGCCGCACCUUGGCCGAUUACAAUAUCCAGAAGGAGUCCACACUCCACUUGGUCUUGCGGCUUCGUGGUGGCAUGCAGAUCUUUGUGAAGACCCUUACCGGAAAAACCAUCACCCUUGAGGUAGAGAGCUCCGACACCAUUGACAACGUCAAGGCCAAGAUCCAGGAUAAGGAAGGCAUCCCUCCGGACCAGCAAAGGCUUAUCUUUGCCGGCAAGCAGCUCGAGGAUGGCCGCACCUUGGCCGAUUACAAUAUCCAGAAGGAGUCAACCCUCCACCUUGUGUUGCGUCUCCGUGGUGGCAUGCAGAUUUUUGUUAAGACCCUCACCGGAAAGACAAUCACUCUUGAGGUGGAGAGCUCCGACACAAUUGACAAUGUGAAGGCCAAGAUUCAAGAUAAGGAGGGCAUUCCACCGGACCAGCAAAGGUUGAUUUUUGCUGGUAAGCAGCUUGAGGAUGGAAGGACCCUUGCUGAUUACAACAUUCAGAAGGAGUCCACCCUUCACCUUGUGCUCCGCCUCAGGGGAGGGAUGCAGAUUUUUGUGAAGACUUUGACCGGUAAGACCAUCACCUUGGAGGUGGAGAGCUCCGACACCAUUGACAAUGUGAAGGCUAAGAUUCAGGAUAAGGAAGGUAUCCCACCGGACCAGCAGAGGUUGAUCUUUGCAGGGAAGCAGUUGGAAGAUGGAAGGACCCUUGCUGACUAUAACAUUCAGAAGGAGUCCACCCUUCACCUUGUGCUGCGUCUUCGUGGUGGAUUCUAAGUGUGUCUUGGAUGCUUGUGUGUUUUGUGAACUUGUGCAAGUGUAAUCGGGGUCCUUGUAUGACCCCUUACAAUAAAUUUGCUCUCUGCUACCUAGUAUAUUGUUGACAAUUCCGUUCUACUUUUAAUAUCAAUUCCGUUCUACUUUUAA